GAAGAUGGCGGCGGGGGCGAGGUGAGGUGUUGGCAGUAGAAAGGGGUUCGGCGCGGGGGGCGGGGGAACGCGGAGCGAUGGCCCGCGCCGGCCGCAGGACCGGAUAAGAAGCCGUCGCGCCGCGGCUGUGGGAGGGAGGGGAAGAGGGGGCGCCCGGGCGCCACGAGAGUAUGACGGGGCUGUAUGGGCUGGUGUGGCGGGUGCUGCACGCUCUGCCCUGCCUGCACCGCACGCUCGUCUCCUGGAUCCGCGUUCGGUUCGGCACCUGGACCUGGAUCUGGCGGCGCUGCUGCCGCGCCGCCUCCGUCGUGGUCCUAGCGCGGCUCGGCUUCACGCUCCGCAAGCUCCCGGCAGUCGGCAGGAACCGCCGCCACCACCGGCACCCGCGCGGGAGACCCGGCCCGGCCGCCGCCCACCCCCGGCUGCGCUGGCGCGCGGACGGCCGUUCCCUGGACAAGCUGCCCGUGCACAUGGGCCUGGUCGUCACCGAGGAGGAGCAGGAGCCCAGCUUCACGGACAUCGCGAGCCUCGUGGUGUGGUGUAUGGCCGUAGGCAUCUCCUACGUUAGCGUCUACGACCACCAAGGCAUUUUCAAAAGAAAUAAUUCCAGAUUGAUGGAUGAAAUAUUAAAACAGCAACAGGAACUUCUGGGCUUAGAUUGUUCCAAAUACUCACCAGAAUUUGCAAAUAGUAAUGACAAAGAUGAUCAAGUUUUAAAUUGCCAGUCCACAGUGAAGGUGCUGUCCCCAGAAGAUGGAAAAGCAGAUAUUGUGAGAGCUGCUCAGGACUUUUGCCAGUUAGUAGCCAAGCAGCAAAAGAAAUCCACAGAUUUGGAUGUAGAUAUGUUAGACAGUUUACUUAGUUCAAAUGGUUUCCCUGAUCCUGAUUUAGUCUUGAAGUUUGGUCCUGUGGACAGCACAUUAGGCUUUCUUCCCUGGCACAUCAGAUUGACUGAGAUUGUCUCUUUGCCUUCCCACCUAAACAUCAGUUACGAGGACUUUUUCUCUGCCCUUUGUCAAUAUGCAGCCUGUGAACAGCGUCUGGGAAAGUAGUCAUCCUUGGUUGCAUCAUUUGUGUCAGACUUUUGGAGGAAAGGACCCAAGUGAUUCUGAUGUUUACAAAACACUUAUGAAACCCUGUACACACCUAGUUCGUAAUCCUCAUAAUUUAUCAUCAAAUACAAAAAAGUGUCUUACUUGAGAGUAAGAAUGAAUGUAUGUGUGUGUGUCUCUUUGUGUCUCUGUGUGUGUGUAAGAGAGUGUGUGUGUGUGAGAGAGUGAACAGUGAAUGUGUAUGAGUGUGAGGGGAAAUUUGAAUUUAUAGCUGAGAGAAGUAUUGGAAAAGCAAAUAUGUAGACCUGCAACUUUGAGCAAAUGGCAGCAUUGUUUUAGGACCUGAAAUUUCAGAUUUCAAUGCUUCAAUCUCAACCUCUUCCCUGUUUUUGUGGGGAGAAUUGGGAUGAUGAGUGCUGCUUAGCGUUUUGAGGGAGUGGGAGUGAUUUCUGUUCUGUUAUACCUAUCGACUAGGUGACCAAACUUUAAUUUUUAAGAAUAAUAUACUGGCUUAUUAAAUAAAACAUUUUGGGAUUGAGUGAUUUCCAGAGGAAUGAAGGACUUUUUGUUGUUCACAUGUUAAAAACUUACCUUUGGAGCCGAGGGAGUACCCACUUUCAGGUAUCCACCCAUCUCUCCAUUAUAGUCAAUCAAUGUGACUUGAUUUUGUUGGUUUGCUGUCUUCAGGACUGUGAAGAGGACUUGAAAAAGAAGUCUUGCUAUUGAUAUGAAAUGUAGAGCUUAUAUUUAAAAAUAUUAAUAUUAGACUGUCAGAACAAAGUGGAAAAAGUCAUAUGCCUAAAAGCAACAGUGCAGAAUUCCCUUAAAAAAAGGAAAUUUUUGAUUUCCUUUUUUAUGGUAUUCAGUGAAAUAGAUAGUACCCAAAGUUGGCUUAAAAAAUAUUCCCAUUAACUAUUUUUAUUUCAAAUGAGUGUUUGAGGGAAGUGACCAAGGCAGCUGUUUUCCUCAAAAGUAACCUGUUCCUUUGUGGAAUAGCACAUAGAGGGUCAUAUUAGUACCCAGGAUUUUUAUUUGAUAAAUCCUGAUGGGGACUUUGCAUAAAAGUAUGGUUGAGGCUUGUGUAGGUAAUAAAAUAUUACCAAAGUCUACAAGUGUAACUUAAUUUUACAUGUUCUCUUUCAUGGCAGAGAACAGCACUGGUUCUGUUAUUUUUUUAAUGAAUAAAUGAUUUUUGAUAGGUAUUUAGUAUUUCUUCCCUUGCUGUUGAUAGUUGGACAGAAACCAUUAUUUAUGUUUGAUGGGCUAUUUUCAGAAAAGUCUUAUCAAUAAGUAUGUGAUCUAAAAUUGUACAUCGAGAAUGAUUAAAUACUAGGUUUCUGAAGUCUCAAAAUUAGCAAAGAAGAUGAUUUGGAAAGCAAGAACUGAAAUUAUCUAAUUCUUAAGUUAUGAAAAAAAGAUGAAAUGAUUCUGCUCUGGAUUAUAAAACCCCAUUUAUGAUUUUAAAAAUACACUUGAAAUAAAAUGAUUAAACUCAA